AUGUUAAACGAAACUAGGCCCAAAGAUCCGAUCGAGUUUUUCAAGGCGAAUGUAAAGAUCGAUAACAUCGAUAACAGAGCCAUCGAAGAAAUGCGUCGUGCAAUCGCAGAGGCCGAAGAAAAGCUAAGGAUUCUUAGACACGACAGACUUGUGUUGACGGCUAAUUUGGAUUUGCUCGACGAGACAAUUCGAAAACCAAAUUCGGGUGUUGGGAGCACCGCGGUCAACUACGAUCARGAAGACGGCAAUAACGAAAUAGUUUCCGAAACGUAUUCUCAUUCCGAGCACGUGUAA